UAGUCGUCACAGAGUUGUUUCGCUUAACGAUUCGUUGUCAUUACGUUUCAUAAAUUAUUUCUGCUUCCAUAGAGCCGCGACGGUAAUUAUUGGAUAGGUGUGGGAAGAAGCGUGCUAAAUUUGUACAUACACACAUAUAUAUAUAUUAUAUAUAUAUCAUUAAGACAAAAUAAGUAGUGUAGUAAUGUGUGGCAGUAAAUCCAUCUAAACUACUUACGUACGAUUGUACAUGGUCGCAAGCAAUUUGGCUAAUUGUUAUGAACCAGUUGAGGUGAUAAUUAGUUGUCGUAAUCAAGUACCAGAAGAAUCAGCGGGAAAUACUGCCUGUCUUUGCUAUUGACAAUCAGUGGUAUUGAGUGAAACUACAGUCUAGAUGAAUUAUCUCAAUUACACGCUAUACUACUAAAGUAAAAAAGUAUCAGUUGUAUCGAAAUAGCCCACUCUACAUUCAAACAUAUGCACAUCAUGGCUACGAAUGACAAUAAUUAUACUCGCACCACGAAUAGUUCUUCAUCAUUAAACGGGAAAACGACUGUUCUGAAAUAUGAGAAGUCUUCAUGCUUAUUCUGCAAUGAAUGGUUCGACUCACAAACUUUUACGGAGCACCUCAUACACUGCGGUCAAGUGCUUGAGCAAUGCCCGAACAAUUGCAACGCCUUUGUGCCGCGAAUACGUAUGCGCACGCACUUAAAAGAGUGUCCGCGUGCCAGAAGCCAACAACCGCAAUCUAACAGUCUCGAACGCCUCGACCAAUUCAUGGACAAUCGAUUGACCCAAUUCGAGAAAGAUUUGAGUGCCUUACGUUCAGUGCUCAACGAAGAGAUUGGCCAGAGAUUGCAUCUGAUCACAGAUGUUGGCAAUUUGCGCAAAUAUAAUCAGGUUCUAGAAGACUGGAAACAUGAGACCGCAGAAAAUGUGAACGGUCUGAAAGCGCUGCUUAACGAAGAGAUUGUGCAGCGACAGUUCGAAGUGAGCGAGUCCUAUAAAGACAAUGUGGCUAAUUUUGAUAUGAUAAAGAAAGUAAAGACCGAUAUACAAAGUGAAAUGGAGACAUUGGAAAAGAAUAUACAGCGAUUGUCGAUGGAAGUGGCUGAGCAGGUGAAUCAUUUGAACGAUAAUACUAUGAAACUGGAAGAAAUGAUAUUGGAAAAUGAAAAAAAGAGCCUUGACAAAUUCAUAGAAAUCGAAGAGUUUCUAAAACUUAUUGAUGGUGAUUUGAAAACGAAAUUUGUCGCGAACAGCGAUUUGAACGCUAAACAGGCGAAUAUGGACCUCGAGGUGAAGAGCAUGAAAAACAUUGUUUGCGAAACGGAAGAGCGUUGUGAGAAGUUAGAAGAUAUGGUAAAACAAGUGGAUAUGCAACUGCACCAGAACAUGCAAACGCUGGCGGAUUUAGAGAAUCAUUUGGCGACACAGCAGCGUCUAGCAAGCCUGCAAAACACAAGAGGACACUUAAUUUGGCGCAUCAAGGACUUUUCGAAAAAGUUGGAUGAAGCUAAACAAUAUGAAACUAUUCUGCACAGCGCUAUGUUCUCGAAUAAGCAAUAUGGAUAUGCACUGCGUCUUGAUAUACACCCGAAUGGCAAAGGCACUUGGAAGGGUCGCAAUUUGAUCGCUUGCCUCAAUGUUCUAGCCGGCGAGUAUGAUGCGCUGCUACCUUGGCCCUGUCGUCUGCAGGCCGAUAUUAUCAUACGUGCUCAAUAUACGAAUUCGGAAGAGUCACAGGACUAUGUCAAGACGAUUUUGGUACGGAAGAAAAAUGAUGAAUUCAUUCAGAACAAUCAGUAUUUCCAUAUACCCCAUAAAAUUGUGAUGAGCCGAAACUAUUUGCAUAACGAUUGUUUGUAUGUGGAGGUGCGUGUAUUGAAAUAAAGAAAAAGUGUUUAAAAUGUUAAUA